AUGAUUGGGCAACCUUUGUUAGCCGAUUAGUAUGUCCUGAAAGGUCAUCACCUUUCCUUUCUAACACACACACACACACACACACACACACACACACACACACACACACACACACACACGCACACUCUUUGAGAAAUCCUCUGUAAUCCGUCCUCGCCUGCACACCGUCUCCUCGCCUCAGUGUGAGUGUGAAGCUGCAGGAAGAACAGACGUUCCCCUUCAGCAUGGAUUCCUGUGUGUGUUUGAAUGUGUGUGAGGGUGUGUGGUGAGCUUUAAGGCGUGUGUGUAUGCUUGUGUGUGUGUGUGUGUGAUGUGUGUGAGGGUGUGUGUGACUCAGUGAAGGAUGCGGUGUGUCCUGGCCUUUCAGGUGUUGCUGUGCUGCUGGAGUGUCGUGCGGCCGUUUUGCCCCUCACAGUGCACCUGUGUUUUCCACGGGACCAGGACGGUGGUGUGUAACGAUCCUGACACGGCGGAGAUCCCCGUCAACGUACCCCUGGACACGGUGAAGCUGCGUGUGGAGAAAACGGCGGUGCGUCGAGUAAAAACCGAGGCGUUCUACUACCUCACCGAGCUCAGGUAUCUGUGGCUCACCUACAACUCCAUCAGCUCCGUGGAUCCUGCCAGCUUCUACAACCUGAAGGUCCUGCACGAGCUCCGUCUGGAUGGAAAUCAAAUCUCCACGUUCCCCUGGGAGGCGCUCAGAGAGAUGCCCAAUCUCAGAACGUUGGAUCUGCACAAUAAUCGAUUAACAAGUGUUCCCGUAGAAGCUGCAGCUUACCUGGUUAACAUCAUAUACCUGGACCUUUCCAGCAAUAAGCUGAACACCUUGCCCUCGGACCUUUUGGACAUCUGGAGUCCCUUUUCUGGAACAAUUCCCACCAGCGGUUCCUCUCAGAAAAUCAUACUGGGACUCCAGGACAACAUGUGGUAUUGCGAUUGUCGCAUAUCCAAACUUAUCGAGAUGUCCAAAAUGGCAGAGGGUCCGGUGGUGCUGAUGGACCCCUUGGUGACCUGCAGUGGUCCAGAGAACCUGGCUGGGGUUCUGUUUAAACGAGCAGAACUGGAUCAGUGUGUUAAACCAAGGGUGAUGACUUCAGCCACGAAGAUCACGUCUUCCCUCGGCAGUAAUGUGCUCCUGCGCUGUGAUGCUACGGGUUAUCCAACCCCGACCCUGCAGUGGAGCAGAGCGGACGGUUCAGCACUCAGUAACCCAGUUGUGCAGGAGUCCCCAGGCAAAGGUGUUCGAUGGUCCAUCCUUAGUCUGGAGGGAAUAGUGUUAACGGACACUGGCGUUUACUGCUGCAAGGCAAAGAACUUUGCUGGAACUGCAGAAGCCGCCAUCAUGCUAUCUUUGGCUGGGAUGGACCUCACAACUCCAGUUCCUCCCUUCAACAGGACUUUUCCUGCUGUUACAGAGGCUGCGAUUUUCUUUUCUACCACCACCACCACCACCACCACCACGUCCAAACCAUCUCUGAUUACACUCCAAUCUACAGCUAGCAAGUUGAACUUAGACCCAGGUGGAGGCAUCCAGAGAUCUCCACCUGCUGGAAAUACACCCAGCACAAAUGGCACCAAGGAUAAAGCUAGGAAGAAAGGUAGCUCAUACAUCAGAGAUGUUGAGGUGAUUGAGGAAACAGGAGACAGUGCAGUUGUGUUAUGGAUGAAUGAGGGGUUUCCCAGUGAAUUGCCCCUGUCAGUGGUGUACUUUCCAUACAACGAAGAUGAGAUAAAGGAGAUCGUGGACACUGAGGUUGGAAAUGGUAAGCUUCUCCUUGAGGACCUGUUUCCCAACCAGAUGUACACAGUCUGCUUGGUUCCCAAAAGUGGGAAAGAGCAGUGUGUGAAUUUUAGCACUCUGGACACCGUUUUAGAUGUUGGACAAAACAGUUGGCUGCUGAUCGUCUCUGGAAUUGCUUGUGUUUUUGUGCUUCCUCUCAUUGUUCUUCUUCUCUACAAGAUCUCAUUGCUGUACCUAAAGAGGAGCAGCAGCAGGAACGCUGAAAUGGAUGAUGACCUUUCCAAAGAGACUUAUCUGAAAUUUGAGACUCUCGCCAUGCAGCAGAGGACGCUGAAUGGACAGGCGAGCGAUCUCUGGACCCGACGGCUGACGCAGGAAUCAGAGAGGAUGCUCCUUUGCUCACGUUCAAGUUUAGACUCACAAAUGACCUACAAAAGUGAUAAUUCACGAUCCGAGUACCUUUGCUAGCUCUGUGUGGGUGAAAUGAACCAGGAACAGUAAUGACCACCUGCCUGUGAGCCAGUAGCAAUACAAGUGGGCAGGACUGUGGUCUCUUUUGUUCUCGCCAUUUUCUUAUUGUUGCUUGCUGUACAUGCUUUAGCGCUAGGGUUUUUGUGGUACAGUUACGGGGAGUUUGUUCUCUGCCUGAUAGAAAUGUUGGCACCUCUGUGUAUGUGUAGUCCCAACACACCGAAAAACAUUUUCUCUACACAGUCAAAUCUCCACAACUGCUGGAUUGAGAGGUCAUCCACAUUUUCAUCUACCUCACUGACAGCAAGCAUCCUAUGACUGGUAGAAAGCUAGUUAUGUGCAGUGAUAUACUCUUAGAAGAUUUCCGUCCCCUUCAAGAGCUCUUCAGGUGUCCAUCUGGAGGAACCCUUAGAUCUCUAUAGCACAGAAUUUCUCUAUUAGUGAUUAUUCCAACUGUACCGAUUCAGAGAGCUUUUAAAGAACCGUUUUUUCUAUGAUUGUUGCUUUCUGCUUGACACCGUUUCCAGAAAGGAAACACUAGCCCUAUCAGAAAGCUCCAAGUACAACCCUUUCAGGAGGUUACAACCCCUUAAAAACCCUUGAAGAACCUUUUUUAAAGGAACCCAAAAUGUUAAAUGCCUGAUAGAUUUUAACUAAUACAAAGAAUAUAAUUAGCAGGGUUCUUUAAGGGUUCUUAGCAUCCCUGAAAGGAUUCCAAAUAAAAGCUAAGAAAGUGUAACUAUCCACAGAACCCAUGAAGAACUCUUUUUUCAAAGAGUGUAGCUUUCUAAAGGGGUUCUACUGGAAAGCAUUUCUAGGAAGGAAACCCAAGUCUUUUAAAAAAAUGGUUCCAAGUAGAAACUUUUUAGGAGGAAAUAUCCUUAAUAUCCUUAAUUAUCCAAAGAAUUAUCCAAAGAACCUUUGCAGAGCCCCUUUUUCUAAGAAUGUACCAAGUACCAACUUAACGGUUCAGCCAAACGGACAACCAAAGAAUCCCCAAAGGUUCUAAAUUAUUUAUUUAAUUAGUUUAAACGUGUUAUUUAAUUGCAUGCUUUAUGUUUUAAUGCGUUUCACUUGCUAGCUUGCUAACGAGUUCAUUUAUAGGUGUGUGCAAACUUUUUUUUUAACACAGCCAGCUAGAUGAAGUGCUGCUUUAGAUCUUUACUACUCCAUGCAAUGUGCUUAUAUACCGUAAGCGUGUGAGCUUAGAUAACCUGUAUUUAUUUGUGUGGGCUUUUCAUUCUUUGGCAUUUAAUUCAUUCCGAGAACAAAUUAAGUAAUAAAUCGUUUUUUGAUGUACUGAAACACUCCUAUACUUUGCUUGGCUAAAUUUGCAUAUUGAAACAUGAUAGGCUGUUGUAUGUUAUGACAUCAUAGCACUUGUCUGUCACAUGGUGCGUCUCCUGUGUUUCUGACCGGGGGACUGUUUCCAAGAAUGGGGGUCCA